AUUUCCUAAUAAUCAUGUUGAAUUCAGUAAAAUUGCAAGAAAAUUUAAAAGAAAAGCUGGUAUUCCAUAUGCAGUAGGAGCAAUUGAUGGAAGUCAUAUUCCAAUUAAAGCACCUAAACAAUAUCCUAUGGAUUAUUAUAAUAGAAAAGGUUUUUAUUCUAUUGUUUUACAAGCAGUUAUCGAUUCUUCUGGAAAGUUUAUUGAUAUUUUUGUGGGAUAUCCUGGCUCAACUCAUGAUAGUAGAAUAUUCCAUAAUUCACCAUUAUAUCAUAAAUUUAGUUCUUCUAGUUCUUCAGUUAUUCCUACAAAUGCAUAUAUUUUAGGCGAUGCAGGUUAUCCUUGUCAAAAUUGGUUACUUACACCAUAUCGUGAUAAUGGAAGAUUAACAGCAAUACAAACAUAUUAUAAUGUCAAACAUUCUCAAACUCGUAUAGGUGUAGAACAAGCAUUUGGAAGAUUAAAAUCAAGAUUUAGGUGUUUAAUUAAUCCUUUAACAAUGUCAAUAGAAAUAGCUAUUCUUAUUGUAACAGUAACUUGUAUUCUUCAUAAUAUUUGUGAAGAAAGACAAGAAGAUAUAUUAGAUGAUAACGAUUAUUUUGACGAUCAAAAUAAUUUUCAAACUUUAUUGGAUAAUAAUAAUAUCAAUAGUGUAACUUAUUUGACUAAUUCUAUUAGAGAUAAUUUAGCAAAUUAUCUAUGGAAUAAAAAAAUUCAAAGAGAU